AUGGCUUCAUUCCGUCAGUUGGCUGAGAAACCGUUCACGACGCUCACCUUUCCCUGGGCGCAGCUCACGCACUUCUGGCUGGGCCACAUCAUUUUGAUGACUGAGGGUCUCCGCAUCAUCACAUUCUGCCCUCAGCUCACGUCUCUAGAGCUAACACUCAUUCUUCCUGUCCAAGUUACAAUCACAAACGGCUCUGGCCCAAUUGUUCACAACAAUCUACAACGCCUCCAUCUAAGCACGGCGGGCGACCUUGGAAGUCUCUUUGACAAGCUUACGCUACCAGCUCUGAAUGAUCUUUCGCUCUCUGAGGUCCACGGAUCCUUUCCCAACAUUACCCCCGUGCACAUCAGCCACUGGCUGCAAUCCCAGUUCCUUGCAUUCCUCCUUCGUUCAAGGCAUUUAUGCGUGACGGAGGAGGUGUUGAAGCGGUUGACGUAUACCACCUUUGCAGAAAAGGUUCUGCAUAGUGGGGGUGAUCUGCCGGUGGAGGAGACCAUCACUGAGAUGCUCUGUCCGAAUCUCAGCACCAUCAAGCUAUGGGGAUGCAUUUCUUCCCAGGAUGGGAGCGUGGCGGAUAUGGUUGAGUCGAGAUGGUUAUCGGCCGAGAAUUGCCCCGUUAAGCAAUUGAAGAUGGCGGUCAUUGGGCUCUUCGCUGACACAUGUCAUACGGAUGAUUGGGCUCGGUUGCAGGCGUUGAAUCGGAAGAGGUUUGGGAUCACGUAUCUUCAACUUUGA